CUUUAAAUACCAAGAGCGUGAAGACACAGAAAGAGAGAAGGUGGCUUUGUCUGAGUUUAUUAUUAGAGACGCUUCUGACAUGUCCAACAGAAAAUUGGAAAUCUGGAGCCAAGGCAGGCUCAACUUUAUCCCUUCCGGUCGGCAACUUCCCAGAACUCCUCCUCUGACGGAUGUGAGGAAACACCUGGAUUUUUGUAAUGAGGAUUGGGAAGAGACACAGCAGAGUGUGCAGGUGGAUGGAACCAGGAUGACAAGCAUGCAAAACACCAUGUGUGAAUAUGACUCUCUGGCAGUAAGAACAGAAACGGACGACCCUACCUCCAUGCUGAGAGGAAUGACGGGCUACCAGCUCACCCCGUGUGACUUGGAGUUCAUCAAAAAGAUGAAGGACGAGAAGCUUGUUAGAAAGCUGCAGGGAGAGCUGGAAGAGAUUCAGAAGCUCUUAAAUAAGGAAACGAUGGCUUAUGAGCUGAUUUGUGAAGUCAGGGAGAAAGCAGAGGCUGUGAUGAGAGAGUACCCUUCCUGUAAAGAUCUCGUCGAAUGGAUGAAGAUGGUAAUAAAAUCCAAAGCCCCUCUGACGGAUUUAAUGGACCUCGACGCCAAGGCUCUCCUCACCAUGUUGACGGAGAAGGAUGUCCAAACAGCCGUUGAUGAGAAGAGGAUUGAGCUCAGACAGCUGGAGACACAAGUGGCAAACAAGAAGAAAAAGGAGGCUGAAGAACGAGGGCAGCUUGAAAAACAAGUCGCCGGAGAACGGAUGAGGAUACAGAGUUUAAUGAGCCAGCUAUCCAUCCUAAAGUCAGAACUUGCUCAACAAGAGGAAGCAAAUAAAACUCUUGAAAUUCAGAUCAGCAACCUAAAAGCCCAACAAUCUAAACUGGAAGCUAAAGAAGCAAAAACCUCAGAGGAACCACAGGCUACCAAAGUGAAAAGCCGAGGAAAGGAAAGAAAAAAAGCCAAUAUCUCUACAGAGAAUUCAAAAGACUUGGACAAACAAAGAAAAUCAACAAAAAGCAAGCUCGCAGAGGAGAAAGGAAACAAGCAGAGAGAUAGAAAACAAGCUGCCGCGGUAGAGGAACAAAACGCUGGGCUGAGGAGAUCCAAGAGGAUAGCCAGCAGGAAGUUAUAAGGUUGGUGCUUGAGAAGCACUGGAAUUGUUAUUUAAAGUUAUUUUGGUCCUGAAAUUUCAAACUGACAAGUUCUUUAAACUUCGGUAACCUCUUGUCUGCUUCUUAAUUCAACCAAAAAUCUAAAUGCAUUGUUUGGUAAAACUCUCCUUAGAUGGUCAAAUCAUUAGGAUGAGGUGCUAAAAUGUUGCAGUCUUACUUUUGAGUUUACGUCCAGUCUUCUGGUCCAGAUUUUAAUCCUUCAUUAAAAGUUUUUAUGAUAUAAAAACUGUUAAAACAAAUGCAUUUGCUGUGUUUACAUUUAGUGUUUUUUAUUACAUGUAAGCCUGCUAUUAACUUGAACUUAAAAGGGAGAACUAUACCUUCAUUUCAGUGUUUAGAACAUGUUUUCACUGUUGGCAUGAACAGGCUUAUGUAGGCUAUGUUUUGCUCCUGUUGAAGAAUUUACUGAUUGUUUCUUUCAGUGUACAUUGUGUUAUUUUCUGUGUACUUUAAAUAAAAUUUAACUUUCUUA